GUGGGCGCGGUCCGGGGCCGGUUUACGUGAAGGCCGGAGAUUGUAAAUGGGGAGACAAGAAGGUUGUCGGAGCGGAAUGUACCGGGCUCCCGGGUUGUGGAAGGGCGCGCGGUGAAUGCGCAGCACCCGGCCCCGCCCCGCGCUGAGCCGCGAGCCUGCUGCAGCGAGCGCCUGGAGCCAUGUGAGAGCGACAAUCAGUAAGGAAGCAAGCUUAUUCUUGGCCCAGUGGCUUCAGGCAGCUGAUGCUCAUCCCCGACAUAUCUUUGAGUAACCGCCCAGCCGAUCAGUCCAUGACCUCUCAGCUGCCACUAUAGUAACCGUCCAGUGUUCUCUCGUUGUUCUCUUCAUUUUGGUCUUAUAUCCGUUUCUACACACUGGGCCACAAACAGCAUAGGGCUCAGUCGAGGCAUGGCAAUGAACAGAAAGGAAAUACAGCAUGGUAGCUGGGUUUUCGUGAAAGGCACAAUCCGAUUUCUUUUUAUGGUUGUCAACAACCUGGUUGCGAUUCCAUCUUAUGUUUUGUAUCUCAUAGUUCUUCAGCCAUUGAAAUUGAUUGAUAGUAAGCUGUUCUGGCACAUUGAAGGAAUAAUGUUCAAAUGGCUGCUGGCUAUGGUGUCUUCAUGGGGUUGGACAGCAGGCUAUACAGUGGUUGAAUGGGGAGAUGACGUAAAAGCAAUUACUGAAGAUGAAGCCAUGGUCUUGGUGAAUCAUCAAGCAACAGGUGAUGUCUGCACCCUCAUGAUGUGUCUGCAAGACAAAGGAAUGGUAGUUCGCCAUAUGAUGUGGCUAAUGGAAUACAUUUUCAAAUUUACAAACUUCGGUGUUGUCUCUCUCAUCCAUGGAGAUUUCUUCAUUCGACAGGGUAAAGCUCAUCGUGACCAGCAGCUGAUUCUUCUCAGAAAACAUUUAGAAAAAUACUACAGGAGUCGGGAUCGGAAGUGGAUUGUUUUGUUUCCUGAAGGAGGUUUCCUGAGAAAGAGGCGAGAAACCAGCCAGUCAUUUGCAAAAAAAAACAACUUACCAUUUCUAAAACAUGUAACUCUACCACGGCAGGGGGCCACUGAAGUUAUCCUGCAAACACUUUGUGCACAGCAUGAAAAUGGAGCUGUUGGCGAUGCUAAUGGAGCAGUGGAAAAACAAAGUGGCCUCCAGUGGGUUAUAGAUAUUACCAUCGCGUAUCACAAAGCAAAGCCAAUAGACAUUCAGACUUGGAUAAUUGGUUACAGAAAACCAACAGUCACACAUGUGCACUACAGGAUCUAUCCCAUUAAGGAUGUUCCAAUAGAGAGCGAGGCAUUAACUAAAUGGCUUUACCAGCGAUUUGUAGAAAAAGAUGAACUUUUGGCACAUUUUUAUGAAACGGGAGCAUUCCCUCCUCCCAAAGGUCAAACUGUAGCAACUUCCAGAGCUAUGACCCUUGACCCUUUGUGGCUCUUCUUUGUACAACUAAUGGGAUUUCUUUCUGGCUACAUGUGGUAUAAUGUUCUGGAGUAUUUGUAUCAUUGCCUGGCACUCUGGGAAUUUUGAGAACUACAACUUUGAAUUCAGACUUGAACCCAAGCACGUGUGUCAGUGUCCAUGUGUGAAUGUAUAUGUUUCUUGAAGGAUGAUAAAAAAUAAGGAUGGAUUGGUCGCCUGUCAUUUUUCAUCAAGAUUUUUAGACUCAAAUUUAAAAUAUUAAUCCAGACCUUCAAGUCUACAACCUGGUGUUAAGGUUUACGUGAUCCUUAAGCAUCCUUACUGUUCGAUUAUCCUUCAUAGCCACAAUAUCCUCUUUAAACAGGAAAAAAAAGGUUGGAGAGUGCUUCAAGUUACUGCAGUAAAUACUGUCACUUCCAGUUGCUUCAGGAGGCAAAAUUGCCAACAUUCAAGACUGUCAGGAGGAAGCUCAUAUCUCCUAUCUUUUCCAAAUUAAGAUGACCUUGAUGAGAAACUAGUCAAAUCUGUCACUGUUUUUAUAUUAUUGGCAGAGAGAAGUUUGUUUUCAUAGCAGCUAAUAUACUUUGGUUUAUGAUUCAUAAGUACUGGUCUAAAACAACUACAACUUCAGUGAUCAUAAAUCAUUAAUUAUGACAUCUUUGACACAUAAAUAGUUACAAGUAAAAUAGUUAGGAAAGCUGAGAAAAAACUUCAUUCUAUUUCUAAUAUGUAUGGUACAUUCUGAGUAAAGUUUAGUUGAAAUGACCAAAUCAAGUAAUGGAGCCAAUCAUGUAGUAUCUUAAUUAGCAAGAAGCUGCUAGUUGUAGUUAGUUCAGGACUAUUACAGUGCUACUAUUGCGGGAUAGCCAGACUGUCAGAGAGCAUGGAAAGUGUUUCUUAUAAGAGAUUUCACACAAUGGAUUAGAAAUAACAAAAAAAUUUAUAGAUUAAAGUACAGGAUCAUCUUGGUACAUUUUACUAUGUUCCUUUAUUAAAACUCACUGAUUCUGGCUGUAUCUUUUAUGUACACGUUCUAUUGUUCAGUUGAAUUGUGUAAUUGUUACUGAUAGUUUGCGUGAAUUGAUGCAGAUGAUUUUUAAUCUUGGUCAAUUAAUCUGUUGACUGAAGGCAUUUUUGUCAUUGUUCCAUUUUGAUGCUUGGAAAUCAUGAUUUAUUUUUCCAAGAUUUUAAAAAAAAAAACCUUGUGAACUAACUAAUUUCUUGAAUUUCAGUAUUUCGCUUCAAUAAAUGGGCUGGUAGCUCAGGCAUUAAGAAUAAUAUUUCACUGCCUAACACUGGAUUUUUUUUGCCACCUGCUUAGAAACCAGGCCCAUUGUUCUUUUGCCAUUAGGCCAAAGUAAAAUGGCUCAGGUCAGGAAAAGGAAACAUGCAUUACAGUUUAUAGUGUUUGGGAUUAAAGGUAGAGACACUGGUUUAUUUAUGACUUGGAGUAUUAUAGUUGUCUUAAAUCAAAAUAGUCCAUGUUAAUAAAAAAUGAUGUAACGUGUGGGGUGGCGAAGAAAUGUUGAAUUGGUAUAUUUUUCAUCCCAUCAGAAAUGUGUUUGCGUUAAGUCCUCCUUCCUGCAUAAGUGUUUUAGGAGUCUGGGAGGUGUCAGUUCUCAUGUAUAUUGCUGGGAGCACAUGUGGUGGUCUAUGCUCUGUUCCCUUUGUACAGCUAGCCCUCCCCUACAGCAAGUAUGCAUCCAGCUGGUUAAGCAUGUUCCUACACUGACAAAACAAAAAUGAGGCAAUUGAAAGCUUUUUCUGUUCUUUACUGCAGACAUACCUAUCAUGGAUGUGACAACCAUCAAAUACCCUAUUUUGAUCAGCCAGAAAUUUCAAAGGUCUGAUUUGAUAACCAAUCAGCACAUGAACUGUAAAUGAUUGUGUUAUUAAUUAAAAUAUUUAAUCCAGGAGGUUAGAGCCCCUAUCUGAAUGUCUUUAAAACCAGAACCUUUUGAAACCAGAAGUUGGAACAACUGAAAAAUAUAGGCAAAUGGAAGAAAAGAAAAUUCAGCUAAUUAAGCAAGAUCUAGAAUUUUAUUAAAAGAAAUUCUGGAUUCUAUAUAUAGCAGAUGGUGUUAUGUUGGGUGCUUUGCAGAAAUAUAUAAAAUGUGUAAGUGCAAAAUUAUGUGAUCACUUUUUCACUCCCCUCCAACCCCUACCUCGUCCUCUAAGGAGAUAAUUCUGAACUCCACAACCUUUAUCAUACAUGAGUUGGCUCUCUGUUAUAUUUAAAUAUUUAAACACCAAAAGAGAAAGAAAUACUGAAAUACUGCAUGCACGUUCUGAGUAUACUGGGUCAUUUUAAAGGCUGAUUUUUUUCAUGACCCGAGUUUAAUUGUUGUUCCGAUGACUAGUCCAAAAUCCUAUUUCUUCCAAUUAGAUAGUAUUCUUCCAAUUAGUAGGAUACUGCAGAUAUCAAAGUAAUGGUAAAAUUGUUGCUGAGAUCUGCUUACAUGCCACAAGGCAGUACUGUAUUUUAGCUGUUGACGUGUGAUAAUUAAGAAAUGUUGGAGUAAUUUCAAGAGCUCAAACAUGUCAAAUAAUUUUCUCCAUAUAUUAGGUCAUGGUGUGAGGUUCCAACAUAUUUGAAUUUUGUUUUUGUAUUGCAUUUUACAUUUCUUGACGAGAUUGUGUUUCAGAAUGUCAGUAUUUCUGCUUUAAGUAAAAAAAAGUGUGUUUUAAAUUGUUUUUAUUAAUCAUCAGUCGGCAUAUGAAUUUUAUUUUAAAAAUAAAUAAAACUACACCUGUCACUUAAGAUUUAUUGAGCAUCCUCAAUGGAUUUCCACUGGAUAUAAUCUUAGGACUGUUUCUCAAUAACAAGACUGGUGUAACCAAAAACAAUAAAAUCCUUAUGAAUAGAAAAUGACAAAUUAGGGCAGAAAUCAUCAGGCCAACUUGUGUAUAUCAUCCUUUUUUUUUCCCCCUUUAGUUUUCAUACAUCAAGCCCAAAUUCCUGACACAUCAACCAUUCAGCCAGCUUGAAAGUUUCAGGAGUCCAGUGCUGACUGAUUACAUCAUAUCUAUUGCUGGUCAAUUUCAAACCAAAAUUGGGGAAACAACAAAAUGAACUUAAGAUUUAAGUAAGCAAAAUUUGCUGCCCUUUGCCACCCCAAUCCCAGCUAUCUCGUCACCUCUCCUGGAACAAAAAAAACCUACAAAAAUUAUACCACGUUAUUUAAUUUUGCUGAACACUGGGUUUGACUUUAUCCUUUAGGUCCUUCUACUGCAACAGUUUCUAGCUUAACUUUAUUUACAUGCUGCACUGGCAUUUUGAGGUCUUAUGUUUAUUUUCCCUACCAUUUGGGAACCUUACAAAUCACAACUUUAAUCCAUGCGCUGCCUCUCACGACAUCCAUAAUGGUUGACUGUACCUGCCUCAUUAUGGGUGGUUGAGUUACUCAAAAGAUCCAAUCUGGAAGCAUAUAGGACUAACAUAGGUUAAAAUGCAAGAUUCUAUUUGGCUGUGCUUUAUCAGAAAAGAAUAAUUGGAAGUUUGCAGUUGAAAUUUGAAAUGGUAUAAUCUGCAUCUAGAUAAGUUUUAAACCUACGUUUUAUUGAAUAUCAAUUGCUCACCAAUCCAUCUGUUUUCUUAUUGUGCUUGAGUAAAGUAUGGAGGUGGAAUGUACAGUGGAAAGAACUAGCAGUUUCUCAUGAGGUGAAGUAGCAAGGAGGAAAUUAGUCAUGUAUGUGUUAAUGGUAGGUUCUUCUAAAGUGUUAUUUAUAGAGUACAUUUUCCAAUUUUGAUUUUAAUUAGUAACAUUACUGUGGUGUAACCUAUUGUUUACACAUUCAGAAAUAGGUUGGGAAGUCCAAUACUUUGGAGAAAACAAAGUAUUGGACUUAACAGCACUUUUUCCCCCCCCCCCCCCCCCCCCCAAUUUUCCUUGAAUAUUCACUGUCUUGUUGUUCCUGUCAACUAGUGGAAUCUUUCUGAAUUUAAUUGUGAUUUUGCUGAAAUAAUGGUGACAAGUCACAAUCUUUCCUGUAAUAACUUUGAGAACAUGAGAAAUAUAACCUAUUGUGUGAGGAAACUAACCUGUAUAAAGUCAUAUAACAGUGGAUGAACAAAGGUAUCCAGGCAUGUAGCAAUCCAACAUGAAACUAUAGAUGAGAAUACUUAUUGAGCUAGCUUGCUAAAUCCAAAUCUGGUUUUCCAGAGAGUCUAAUGGAGAAGUCUGAAAUCAAAUAAAAACACACCUGAAACAAAUGAAUUUUAAAUAUUGUUGUUUAUUUUCUAUGAGCCCUAGAUAAAUAUGGUUGACUGCCGUAUAUAAAUUUUCCUCUUGCCUUUUUCUUUUAAAACAUGCUGUUUACAAUGUUUUUAAUCUUAAGAGUAAAUAAACCCUCAAACAGGUUACCAUUGAUGUCAAACUGCAAAAACUCUUGAUAACUUUGUACCUAAUUGUAUUCAUUGUUUUACAACUGUUGUAUACUAAAAUAUGCAGAGAAGGGAUAUUAAUAAAAUACAUUGAUAUGAAGACUACACCAUUUCUAAAUAUAAGAACUUUAAGUCUGCCCUGUUAUUUAUAUACACCUAAUGCAAAAUAAUUUCAUAUCAAGGUGUUCCAGGUUGCAUGUUGCAGUGUACAGUAAUGUGUAUGACACAAUUUCCAUCAGUUCAGUGCAGAGAUUGUUUUAUUUUAAUUGUGACUCCACUGUUUGGGAAAAGGCUGCAGAAUGAAUCAGUGUAGCCAUAUCUACACUUGCUAGUUUGAUCAAAAUCAAUAAAUUUUUUUACCUUGGGACAAAA